AUGAUACGUUCUAUCUGGAACAACUGGCGCGAUGACGUCGGUGAUGGUUCUGGUGGCAUUAGGAAUGGCAUCCCUAGCUCGGGUACCACAACUGUGCAGUUUGUUUCGUUCUUCGUUUUCUGGCUCGGAUCUCUACCAUUCCUCUACCCACCAGUUCACAAGAUUCGACAUCUCUUCACGGUCAAGGCAUACGUUGUACCUACAGCGGGCAUAUCAUUUUUCAUCUGGGCCAUUGUAAGAGCCAAGGGAAUCGGCCCCAUCGUACACCAGCCUGGAACGGCGCGUGGUUCCGAGCUGGGAUGGCUAAUGGUCCGAGGAAUCAUGAGUGCUAUUGCCAACUUUGCGACACUCAUUGUCAACGAUCCGGAUUUUGCACGUUUUGCACGCAAACCCUCGGAUGCGUUCUUGCCGCAAUUGCUCACGAUCCCCGUAGGCUUCGCAAUCACUUCCUUCAUUGGUAUCAUUGUGUCGUCGUCAUCUACCGUCAUAUUUGGCGAAGCGAUAUGGAACCCGUUGGAUCUAUUAGAGAGCUUUCUAAAGGAAGAUGCCGGCCAUGCGCAACGCUUUGGCGUGUUUGUUAUUGCAUCGGCCUUUACCCUCGCGCAACUAGGCACCAACAUUGCCGCAAAUUCGAUUUCUGCCGGCACAGACAUGACAGCCCUUCUUCCACGUUGGAUAAGUAUUCGACGUGGUGGCUACAUCUGCGCGCUCAUCGGGCUGGUAAUGUGCCCAUGGCAACUGUUGAAGGACACCAAUAGCUUCACCACCUACCUUUCGGCGUACUCCGUGUUCCUGUCUUCAAUAGCUGGUGUCAUGAUCUGCGACUACUAUUGGGUGCGGAAAGGCUACCUCCAGAUCAAGGAUCUGUACUCGGGCAAGAAGACGGGACCUUACUACUUCACACUGGGAUUCAAUUGGCGCGGGUACGCGGCGUACAUUGCCGGCGUUCUCAUCAACAUUGUCGGCUUCGUGGGAGCUAUUGGUAAAGAGGUACCACUUGGUGCAAAGCGCAUCUACGACCUCAACUUCUUUGCGGGUUUUCUCGUGUCGUCACUCUCUUAUUGGGCUCUCUGUAGAAUAUCUCCCGUACCAGCAACAAGCGACACUUGGAUGGAGGUUGGCGACGAGAUCACGGACAUAUCCGUUGCCUAUCAUGACAGCGACAAUGAUCGUUACGACGAAGAGAUCAUGCAUGAAGGCGAUGGCAAAGAUAAUCGCGAGCCAAAGACCAAUGUCACACACUCGAAGGGGUUUUAA